AUGGGUAACGUCCAACAUCUUCUGAGAUAUUUGACUGUUAUCUCUAUGAUAUGGAAUGUAGAAGCAACUAUCGAUAACAUCGACAUACCACCAAAACUGGUUGAUUGCUUCUCAGACUGGGACAGAAAGGAAAAUAUAACUACCAUAGCAGGACGGAACGUGUUACACACAUGUAUAUCAGAUUAUCUGUGGAAAACCGGAAAAGAGAGGUGGGCACCAGAUGUAGAUCCUGACAUUUUAAAAUUCAUAUCGGCCGAUGUGAAGGAAAGGGAGAAACAAAUAACUGAGAAAACCAACUCGAAAACAACCACUCCUUCUCCAUAUAAAGAUAUCCGUGUCCGCAAAGAGUACCGCAUGCUAACCAACAAGGAACGACGGAAAUACCACAGGGCAGUGAAAGCUCUAAAACAGGAUAAGAGGUUGAAACCGAACACAUAUGAUGCUAUCGCUAAUUACCACAAUGCGAAAAUACAAUCAACAGCUCAUGGAGGACCCAAUUUCCUAGGAUGGCAUAGGGUAUAUCUGGCGACAUACGAAGAAGCAUUACGAAAAAUUGAUCCUGAUGUAUCUCUGCCGUUCUGGGACUGUAGGUUGGAUGAAGAUAUGGAGGAUCCAUCCCUGUCUAUGCUUUUUUCUGGUCGUUUUGCAGGAAAUGGUAAUGGAGAGGUUGAUAAUGGUCCUUUUAAAGACUGGACACAUAGUGCAUUUGGGAAAUUAACACGAGUUGUAAGUAAAGGCGCAGAACUCAUGAGUUACGAGGAUGUCGAAAACAUCCUCUCUAAAAAAUUUACUUCUGAGAUAACCGUCCCCACGGCACAAAGCGGAUAUAACCUUGAGUACCUUCAUGGGAAAAUCCACAUGUUUGUUAAUGGUCAUCUGGGUGACUUGGUUUCCGCAGCACAUGACCCUUUAUUCUACAUGCUCCAUGCUUUUAUUGACUAUGUCUGGUGGAUGUUUAGAAAUAAACAGGAAUCAAAUGGAAUCGAUCCCGCAAAUGACUAUCCCGAAACUUCUAUAAAACAACAGCAGCCAAAUCUAACCAUGGAUGGGUUUAAUAUGUAUAAGAAUAUCGAUGGAUAUUCACAAAAUUGGACACGUGAUAUUUACACGUAUGAGAUGACUCCAACAUGCUCGAAAGAGCAACCUUCCUGCAAUUCCAAAUGGUUGACAUGUCAACUUGAUAAAGGAAGAUGUGUUUCAAAAGCACGCAGAAGAAACAAUCGAUCAAAAUCACAGAGGACUGCUGAUUCCGUGGACUCCAUCACAACAGAAAUGAGUCAGAUAGAAGAGUUUACUUCAGAUACGUGUUCUAAGCUUGAUUCAACUAUUCAAAAUACGUAUUCCGUGGACGGCCAUGCGGAUUCCAGUAAAUGGAUUUACCUCCCGAUCAAAAUUGUCAAUGAAAGGAAGCAAAAUGAACUGUUUAGAUCAUUCGAAGUUGUAGACGGUAUUGCCAAUGAAACUUUAGACAUAUACGAUUCGGAAAUGUAUGGCAAACUGAAAAGAAGGGAAGAUACUGGUAAGAUGGGUACAUAUCAGAGAUGCAAUCUACCCGGCUCUGGUGCAACCAAGAUAUUCGUCAGUGCUUAUGGACUGAAUUACUACGGUUUCUCCACUGAAUAUACAAUCGUGGAUGAACGAAUGCCUUUGUUUAAAGGGUAUACAUAUGUACCUGUUAGGAAGCCAACUGAAAAACCAUCAGAAGCGUUCUUUGCUGCAUACGACUCCUGUGGGAGGCUCUGCAAGCCUUACUGUAGGACGACUAAUGGGACGUACACACGAUGUUCUGCCACGCUUCGAAUAGGAAACUAUUCCACAGGGGAAUACGGUGACACAUAUGGUGAUGCCUUCCUUAACACCUGGAACUACGAUGACGAUGAAAUACCAGAUGUUAACGAUGACAACGUGCACUUAGUGUUCUACUGUAACCGGAAGGAGGAGUGGCCAUGGCAAAAAUACAACAAAUAAAAGCAAAUUCCUUAAACUCUGUACUCUAUGCUACUUAGGCUAUCUCUCUGAAAUACCAGCAUAACAAUUCUCUUGUAUUUCCUAUUAACUAGCUUGUAUCCGAUCGAUAUGGCACACAAUAGAUUGUAUAACCACGUAGUUCAUGCUUGGCUUUGUAAAACAUUACCUACUUAUAUACUAAAGGCAUCUAAGUGUUGCGAUUAAAUUAUUAAAGACAAAAAAUGACGAAUGUUUGAAGUGGUGAAUGGUACAGGCUAAUGC